AAUUAAACAAACGCAAUCGAUCUGUAUAAAACGUGCCAGCUGCGCAGUUGCUUCUCAUAAACUUUUAAGACUUCAAUAUAUCAACACAUUUAUUCGUCACUAUUACGAAAAUCAAAAUGGCAUUUAAGUUCCUCGUUGGAUUCGCAUUCAUUGCUGUUGCCAGUGCUGGUUAUGUGCCUGCUCCACAAGUAUAUCAUGCAGCUCCAGCAGCCGUUGUCAAGACUGUUGCUCCAUUAGCUUAUGCUGCUCCAGCGGCUGUCGUCAAAACAGUAGCUCCAGUCGCAUAUGCUGCUCAACCAGUUUUGGCAAAAGCAACUGAAGAAUAUGACCCACAUCCACAAUACAAAUAUGGCUAUGAUGUUCAAGAUGCUCUUUCCGGUGACUCAAAGAGCCAAGUUGAGGAACGUGAUGGUGAUGUAGUUCGUGGUGAAUAUUCCUUAAUUGAUGCUGAUGGUUUCAAACGUACCGUUCAAUAUACCGCCGAUCCAAUCAAUGGUUUUAAUGCCGUAGUCAACCGUGAACCUCUCGUCAAGACUGUUGCAGCUGUCAAAACUAUUGCUCCCGUUGCAUAUGCUGCUCCUGUAGUCAAAACUGUUGCCCCAGUGGCUCACUAUGCUGCUCCAGCUUUAGUUAAAACCGUUGCUCCAGCUUACACCACCUACUCUGCACCUGCUACAUAUGUCGCCCAUCACUAAAUGCCAUUUUCGUUAAACAUAUGUGACUGAUUGUGAAUAAUGAUAUACAAAACUAAAUAUAAUAUAUACGUAGUCA